AUGAAGCUAGGAAGCUUUUGGCUGCAUCUGGCCCUGCUGGGGGCCUCCAUGCCAGCUACACUAGGGCGAUGGACUCCAGGAAGACACAGAGGCCUGAGUGUGGGUGCGGAGGAGCCACGGACAGCAGAGGAAUCCAGGAGCUCUGAAGUCACAAGAAGCAAAGGGCUUUCCAGCCAUGGUGGGCUGCUGGCCUCCUGUGGGAAGAAGUUCUGCAGCCGCGGGAGCCGGUGCGUGUUCAGCCAGGCCACGGGAGAGGCUGAGUGCCGCUGCCUGGAGGCGUGCAGGCCCAGCUACCUGCCAGUGUGCGGCUCCGACGGCCGGUUUUACGAGAACCACUGUGAGCUGCACCGUGCCGCCUGCCUGCAGGGGAAGAAGCUGUCCAUCACCCACAGCAAGAACUGCUUCCUCCAAGGCGACACAUGCACCAUGGCCAGCUAUGCCCAUCUGAAGGACAUGCUCUUGGCGCUCCGGACCCGCCAGUGGCCACUGCACAGAGAAGACAGCAGCCACGACCCUGCCUCCCAGAGACGCUUGCUGGUGGAGUCUCUGUUCCGGGACCUGGACACAGAUAACAAUGGUCACCUCAGCAGCUCUGAACUGGCUGAGCAUGUGCUGAAGGAACAGGACCUGGACGGGGACCUGCUGGGCUGCUCACCUGGCGACCUGCUCCGAUUCGAGGACUACGACAGCGAUGGUUUCCUGACCCUGCACGAGUUCUCUGCAGCCUUCCAUGUGGUACAGCUCAGCCUCGCACCCGAGGACAGGGUGAGUGUGACCACGGUGACCGUGGGGCUAAGCAUAAUGCUCACCUGUGCCAUCCGUGGAGCCCUGAGGCCACCAAUUGUCUGGAAGCGCAAUGGGCUCACCUUGAACUUCCUGGACUUGGAAGACAUCAACGACUUCGGCGAGGACAACUCCCUGUACAUCUCCAAGGUGACCACCGUCCACAUGGGCAACUACACCUGCCACGCCACCGGCCACGAGGAGCUGUUCCAGACCCACGUCCUGCAGGUGAAUGUGCCACCGGUCAUCCGCGUCUAUCCUGAGACCCAGGCACAGGAGCCCGGGGUGGCUGCCAGCCUGCGCUGCCAUGCCGAGGGCAUUCCCAUGCCCGGGAUCACCUGGCUAAAGAAUGGCAUGGAUGUCUCAGCGCAACUGUCCAAGCAGCUCUCCCUUUUAGCCAACGGGAGUGAGCUCCAUAUUGGCAGUGUCCGGUAUGAAGACACAGGGGCAUACACCUGCAUCGCCAGAAACAAGGUGGGCGUGGACGAAGACAUCUCCUCACUCUUCAUCGAAGACUCAGCAAGAAAGACCCUCGCCAACAUUCUGUGGCGAGAGGAAGGCCUCAGCGUGGGAAACAUGUUCUAUGUCUUCUCGGACGACGGCAUCGUCGCUCUCCACCCUGUGGACUGUGAGAUCCAGCGGCACCUCAAACCCACGGAGAAGAUCCUGAUAAACUCGGAAGACAUCUGUCCGCAGACCGAAAGAGAAGACAGCCCACCCUGCCAGUGGGCAUCCGCCGUCAACGUCAGGAACCGGUACAUCUAUGCGGCCCAGCCGGCGCUGGGCAGAGUCCUCGUGGUUGACGUCCAGGCCCAGAAGGUCCUACAGUCCAUAGGUGUGGACCCUCUGCCAGCUAAGCUGUUGUACGACAAGUCCCACGACCAGGUGUGGGUCCUGAGCUGGGGGGACACGCACAAGUCCCGGCCAAGCCUCCAGGUGAUCACAGAAGCCAGCACCGGCCGGGGCCAGCACCUGAUCCGCACACCCUUCACAGGGGUGGAGGAUUUCUUCAUCCCCCCGACCAACCUCAUCAUCAACCACGUCAGGUUUGGCUUCGUCUUCAACAGCUCUGAGCCCGCGGUGCACAAAGUGGACCUGGAGACGCUGGCCCUCCUUGGCACCAUCAGCCUGCGGCGCCACAGCUGCUUACCCCGCGCCAUGGCACACACCCACCUGGGCGGCUACUUCUUCAUUCAGUGCCACCACCACGGCCCUUCCCCUGCCCAGCUGCUCAUCGACAGCGUCACGGACUCAGUGGUCGGCCCCAACGGCGCCAUCACGGGUGUCCCGCACACAUCCCCGGACGGGCGUUUCGUGGUCAGCGCUGCCGCCGACAGCCCGCAGCUGCAUGUGCAGGAGGUCACGGCGCGCGGGGAGAUCCAGACGCUGUACCAGCUGACGGUAGGCCCGGGCGUGGCCGACGUGGCCUUCCAGCGCUCCUUCACCGAAGCUGGCCGGUACGACGUGUACGCCACGCUGGCCACGCAGCCACACCUGAUGUUCCUGCAGCUAGCCACGGGCAAGCGGGCCCUGCUUAGGAACCUGAAGAAGCCCCCUGUGGGACCAGCCCAGCCCUGGGCGGCAGCCCAGCGACCAGUGAGGGACAGCGGGCUGUUCGGGCAGUACCUGCUUACCCCUGCCCAGGAGUCCUUGUUCCUGGUCAAUGCGAGGCAGAACUCACUGCGCUGUGAGGUGUCAGGCAUAAGGGGUGGGAGCACGGUGGUGUGGGUGGGUGAGGUGUGAGCGCACCACGACCAAGCACCGCCCAGCC